AUGGAGCCGAACUCACUGAAGUGGGUGGGCUCGUCUUGCGGUUUACAUGGACCAUAUAUAUUCUAUAAAGCCUUUAAAUUUCACCGGGACAGCAAACCGAGGAUUCUGUCUCUCGGAGACUUUUUCUUCGUCAGAUGUAAACCGGAGGAUCCUAUUUGCAUAGCGGAGCUUCAGCUGCUCUGGGAAGAAAGAACAAGCAAGCAACUUUUAUCAAGCUCCAAACUUUAUUUUCUACCCGAGGAUACUCCCCAGGGACGGACGGGCACCCACGGAGAGCACGAGGUAAUUGCAGUGUCUGAGAAGGUGAUUGUGCGGCUGGAGGACUUGGUUAAGUGGACGGUACCAGACUUCUCAGGAUGGACCCACUGUCUGAAGGCCGAGCCGCUCAAACCCUCUGUGCUCCGGGAGCUGGGGACCAACGGGAGACGGGAGGCCCUCCACCGCUACCGGGAGAGCACCCUGACCAGCGGACUCAACUUCAAGGAUGUCCAGCGGGAGAGGGCACAGCUAGGCCAGGAGGAGGAUGGACGGAAGGUUUUGGUGCUCAGUUACCCCCAGUAUUGCCGAUUCCGCUCGGUGUUGGCGCGGCUCAGAGAGCAGCCGUCCUCUCUGCUCAUAGACCACACGGUGCUAGCGCUGGGUGGCAUCGCUGCGUUGGGUGGCAGCACGAGGAUCCUGUACUGCCGGGACACCUUUGAACAUCCGGCCCUGCUGCAGAACGAGAGCAUCUGUGACGAGUUUGCUCCUAACCUGAAGGGGCGACCUCGGAAGAAGAAGCUGUCCAUCUCUCAGAGGAGGGACUCCCAGAGUCAGACUCAGGGUCAAGGUUCAUCGGGGUCAACAGCAGUGGCGGCACAAGACCCCUGCAGCCCAGACAGCAAAACUACUACCAGGGUCAAACCUAACUGUAAAAUGGUACCCAACGGAAAAAUCAACCCGGCAGCCAAACACAAGGCCAACGGCCUCAGCAAGAGAUCCUCAGCUGAGGAGAAGGAGCGAGGGAGGGAUAAGGAAAAGGAAAAAGAAGAGAGGAACGAGAGGGAGGAAAAUAGAGAGGAGGAAACAUCAGAAGGGACCCGAGCGGAGGAGCAAGCGUUCUUAGUGGAGCUCUACAAGUACAUGAAAGAAAGAGACACGCCCAUAGAGAGGAUCCCCUUCCUCGGCUUCAAACAGAUCAACCUUUGGACCAUGUUUCAAGCGUCUCAGAAACUAGGAGGAUAUGAGUUGAUCACAGUCCGCAGACAGUGGAAGCAUGUAUAUGAUGAAUUGGGCGGGAACCCCAGCAGCACAAGUGCCGCCACGUGCACACGGAGACACUAUGAGAGGCUCCUCCUCCCCUAUGAGAGGCACGUUAAAGGCGAGCAUGACAAGCCCCUCCCCUUUGUCAAACCCAAGAAGCAGGAGGGCUGCCAAGAGAGGGCCUCGGGAGCCAAAGCCAAAGGGGUGGGGGCCAAGAAAUUCAAAGGCUCCAACAACCCCAAGCUGGGGAGUAAAAAGGAGCGAGAGGAGGCGGAGAAAGACCAAGAACAAUCACAGGACUCCAAGGAGCAAGAGGAGAAUCAAGAGCCGCCCGCAGCAAUAAAACAGGAGGUAUCUCUGAGAGAUGAACCGAUUGUAAUAGAGGAGGAAGAGUUACAUGUUACCCUAAAGAAAGAGGAGUCCCUGGCAGUGGAGCCGGCGUCUUCACUCUGCCCCAAAGAGCCGGACUGCAGAGCCCCGCAUGCCGGUCUGCCCCUCCACACGGGGCCCAGUCCGCGGCCUGAAUGGAGGCAAAUCAGCGAGGCCCUCCAAGCCAAACUCACCUGUGAACAGCCAACCGAAGGGCAUUUCAUUCCUAAAAACCCCUACCUGCCUCACCGCUGGGACCAGAACAGACCUGCUGGACAUGUUGCUCUGCCCGAGCCCUCCUCCAGGGCCAAAGACUCCAUAGAAAGCCACGGUGGGAGAGUGGGGAAAGUGUUGCCCAUGUGUAAGCAGGCGGACAGACAGUGUAUAGACUUGAGCACAGAUUCCUUCUCAGAGAAAGAAGACUACGUGUCCGUUAAGAAGGAGUCCACCCAGAGCCCCACACAGACGGCUGCCUACUGCAAGUCCAGCCAGGGGGUCAUGUCUCCGUUAGCCAAAAAGAAGCUCCUCUCGCAGGUGUGUGAGUCCAACCCUUUCUCCUUUACAGCUCCUUCUCUUCAGCCUCCACAUCCCACGGUGACUUCCUCUCUCCCCGUCAUAUCAGUACCUGAAAGGGAGAGGGAGAAGAGAAAGGGUGAGGAGGAGGUGGUAGGGCAGAGGCACGGGUGUGUGUCGGACAGCGUCCCGGAGGUAGCGCCCAUAUUCAGGCCAUCCGUCAUCCAGCACGCCCAGAGCAGCAAGCCUCACCAACAAGCCACCGGUGGGCCGUCGGAGAGGAGCGCCGCCGGGGAGCUCUCGGAGACGUACAGCUGCAGGACCAGCCGUCACCUCCAGCCUCAAGUCAAUCCGCCGUGGCAGCCCUAUCUCCCCCACGCCCAGGAUGGCGUGGAGAACUCUGGGGAGACGCUACUCCAGGGCCCGGCGUCUCACCCCCGGAGCUACACGGGCGACUGCUACUCCUCCCCUCACCUCCACAGUCUCUACAGGCAAACUGAGAGCUGCCUGAGCCAGGAGAGGAUGGUUGGCUUCCCCAACGGAGAUCGGAGAGAGCGCUACAGCAGGGACCACGAGGGCAGCUUCGUCUGUGGCGGCCUAGAGCAGGAGGGCCUGGCCUACAGGUCUCACUACGGUGACAGGACUCAAACACACCUAGAGCGGAGAGAGGCGGACGACGAGCCCAGGGACUUUACGAUCGCUAAACCUCUCUCCCAGCGGGUGUCCUCCUUCUCGAAGCCCUCUUUCUGCAGUCUCCCUUAUCCCAUCAUGCACCAGGGUUUGGAUUCCCACCCUAAGGCGUGCAGAGUUCCUCCCAUGACAAUCUCCCCCCCCAAACAGAACCCAGCGGACUCGUCGCAUCCGUAUCCAAGCCCGAAAGCCCCAAGCGAUUCGUCCCACGUCAGCCCCAUCCGACCCAGUAAGAGAAGCCUGGUGGAACCCUCGGGCGAGGACGUUCCAGAGAGGAAGGUCCGCGUGGUGACGCCAGUCCACCCAGCCGGCGCCAUCCGACGCAGCGACCCCGAGGAGCUCAAACCAGCGGAGCCGGCCCACGCCGUUCACCUCAACAACCAUCUCCCCGAGGGCCACCCGACCACCACCUACGCUCCACAUCUCUACACCGCCAUGUACCCACCCGGCAGCCUGGUCUCCGCGGGCGACGGGCUGCAGCAGCACCCGGGUCUGCAGUACCUAAAGAGCCAGUCUGCCGUGUCCCCCCUCAUGCCCCCGUUGGCCUUCCACUCCAUGAUGCUUCACAGGCAGCUGCUGGCCUCCAGCCCGAGCCCGCACCACUUCUACAGGCACCCGGGCGGGGCGGCACUGUACGGGGAAUUGCUGCACCACCUGUACCCUCUCUCCACCCUCCCACCACCUCAGCUGUCCUCGGUACACCCCAGCACCAGACUGUGAGAGGAUGACU